UUCUCUUUUCGCCAACUCCGUGAUAUAAAGACACAUUUUAUUAUUAUUUUCCUUUGUUAGAUUAUGCUUACAGCUAGUUUUAUCAAAGUUACAAGAAGCGUAGUUUCUUUGAUCGCUCGAACCAACGUUCCCACAUUUCAAAAUUUCUCUUGGAUUACCCUGAAAAAACGAAAUUUCUCCACAACGAAAAUGCCGGCUGCAGCAAUUAACAAAGAGACUGUUCUAAAACACCUGUCACUAAAAUGGGACAUGACAGCACCUGAGAUUGGAGAACGAGCUGAAAAGCUGAUUGAAACAACCCGUGCUCUUUAUGACAAGAUUGGAAACCUAGAUUUAGGUGAAGUAACGUUUGAAAACACAAUAAAGCCGAUUGCAGAUUCUGAUUGCACGUUUAGUGUUGAAAGGUGUAACUUGGAUUUUUAUCAGAGUAUUCACCCCGAUAAAGCAUUGCGAGAUGCAAGUACUGAAUGUGAUAAAAAAUUAUCUGAUUUCGAGAUCGAGACCAGCAUGCGACAAGAUAUUUAUGAUCGCAUUGUUGCUUUUGAAGAAAAAUCAAAGGAUAUGAAGUUAUCUGAUGAAACAAGAAGAUUUAUUACUAGAAUGAAUAAAUUAGGACAAAGGAAUGGUCUUCGUCUGCCAAAAAAUGAACAAGAAAAAGUCAUGGCCAUUAAGAAAAGACAAACUGAAAUAGAGAUCGAUUUUCAAAAGAAUUUGAACGAGGAAAAUUCAACUUGGGAGUUCAGUGAAGAAGAAUUGAAAGGAUUACCAAAAGACCUCCUGAAUGAAUUGGAAAAAACUUCUGAGGGCAAAUUCAAACUUUCAUUGAAAUAUCCACAUUAUUUUCCACUGAUGAAGAAAUGUUCGGUUGAAAGUACACGAAAGAAAAUGGAAAUUGCUUUCAAUUCUAGAUGCAAAGAGGAGAAUUCUGCUAUCUUGACUGAACUUGUAAAACUCAGGGCUGAAAAAGCAAAAAUUUUGAACUUUAGCACUCAUGCGGCAUUCAUACAUGACAUGAGAAUGGCAAAAAAUCCUGAAAAUGUUAAAUCGUUUCUUCAAAAUUUAGCCGCCAAGCUGAAACCACUCGGUGAAUAUGACAGAAAGGAAAUGUUGAAAUUGAAAGAAAAAGAAUGCAAAGAACUCGGUGUUGAAUUUGAUGGAAAAAUUAACAUGUGGGAUUUGAGGUAUUAUAUGACCAAAAUUGAGGAAACAAAAUUUGCAGUUGAUCAAGAAAAAUUGAAGCAGUAUUUCCCUCUCCAUGUUGUUACUGACGGAUUGUUGGAAAUUUAUCAAGAAUUGUUAGGAUUAAAAUUCAACAAAGUUGAGGGUGUAACUCUCUGGCAUGAAGAAGUGACAAUGUAUACAGUGACUGAUAAAGUUUCGGAAAAUAUCAUUGGAAUAUUUUAUCUUGAUCUUUAUCCAAGAGAAGGAAAGUACGGACAUGCUGCUUGCUUCGGAUUACAGCCAGGAUGUUUAAAACCUGAUGGGAAGAGACAGCUUGCUGUUGCAGCCAUGGUUGCAAACUUCAGUAAACCAACUGCAGAUGCCCCAUCUUUAUUACAACACAGUGAAGUUGAAACUUAUUUCCAUGAAUUUGGUCAUGUCAUGCAUCAAAUAUGUUCAGAGACUGAAUACCAGUUGUUUAGCGGUACCAAUGUUGAAAGAGAUUUUGUAGAAGCUCCAUCACAGAUGCUUGAAAAUUGGUGUUGGGAACAUGAAGCAGUAAAAAGAAUGUCCAAACAUUACAAGGACGGAUCAGAAAUUCCAAGUGAGAUGAUGGACAGUCUCGUUAAAUCAAGAAAUGCGAAUAUUGGAGUAUUUCUUCUUAGACAAAUAACACUUGCUACUUUGGAUCUUAACAUCCACACAAGAGACUCUGCUGAUAUAGUGAAGGUCUAUGCAGAUGCAUGUGAUAGUAUAUUGGGCAUUCCUGCAUCUGAAGGUACAUGCAUGCCUGCAACAUUUGGACAUCUUGGAGGAGGGUACGAUGCUCAAUACUAUGGUUAUCUGUGGAGUGAAGUCUUCUGCUAUGACAUGUAUCAUUCGAGAUUCAAAUCUGAAGGUAUUUUCGAUACUACCGUCGGUCGAGAUUACAGAGAGAAAAUUUUAAAACCAGGUGGAUCUAAGGAUGCAAGUGAAAUGCUGAGAAAUUUUCUUGGUAGAGAUCCAACUCAAGCUGCUUUUCUCAAAGCAAAAGGCCUUGCUGCAUAAAUUUUUAGCAAUACAAUUUGACUAUCUUCGACUAUCGUUUGGCUGUUUUUGGUUUUGAUUUUCGGGCUAAUAUAGUUGUUUAGCAGCAUUCCUCGUAGUUGUUAGCCUUUCCUUUAUUUCAGAUAUACAUUCUGCAGAUUUGUGAUAAGGCUAUUUUUUACAAUUUCUGUUCUGUGAUGAUUAAUGUUUAUGCAUUGUUGGAUGUUGCUGCUCAUCUCAGUGAAUGCCUAAAUAAACUGUUAGAAUGUUACAUUUUUUUUAUCAUCAAUGUUCUUUUUGUGCCAAUAUUUAAUUAGUAAAUGGAAGACUGAAUCAUUCAACUAAGUGCUUUUCAAGAAGACCAAUUUGAUCAUAACUUGAAUUCAUUAAGAUUGUCAUUGUGGAGUUUAUUGAUUAUGCAGAUAUCUCUUCAGAACACCGGAUUGAUUGUUGCAAACAAUUAUGUUCAUUAUUGCCAUCUGCCUCAUAAUGGCCAAGUCAUCUUAUUGCAAAGAAUAAAGUACAAUUUGUCUAAGA